AUGCUUUUCAAGACCUCCUUCACGGCCCUUGUCGUCGCCUCUCUGGCUGUCUUCUCCACCUACACCCCCCAGGCUGAGGCUCACUCCUGGAUGGACUGCGUUGACUGGAAGUUCAACAACGCCAAGACCCAGGACUGGUCCGACAAGGGAGGCAAGUGUCAGGGUUACGCCCGCCGCUUCCCUCUCGGCAAGAAGUUCGCCUCCCUGGACUCGGCCUCGCCCAACCGCCACUACCGCCAGCCCAAAAAGAACCCCAACUCCUAUCCUUGCUCGGAUCGCAAGCAUGGUGAGGAGCGUGGUUCGGACGAGACCCGUGCCAGCCCUGUUGAGAAGGCCUACGGUGGCAAGUAUGGUCGCAUGACCACUACCACUGUCGGUGACACCCUCUGUGUCCGCUGGCCUGCCAAGAACCACGCCACGAAGGACGAGGAGAACCACCCUGUUUUCAUCAACCUGUCCAAGGUCCGCGACGGCAAGGACAUCUCCCAGAAGGAACUCACCGCCAACAACAUUGCUAAAUUGAACUACAAGAACUGCAACUCCAAGUUCCCUAACCAGGACCAGCGUGCCUGCGGUGGUUGCUUCAAGGUUCCCGUCCGUGCCUCCGGUGUCUACCUGCUCCAGUGGAGAUGGUUGCUCAAUGCCAACGUUAACGAGUGGUACACCAGCUGCGCUGAUGUCCGCAUCGGACCAAAGUCCAAGAAUGAGGCAGAUUGGGAGGUCAAGGACUUAUACCGAGGUUUGGUGCCAACGGGACUCAUUGAGACCUGGAAGCAGCUAUUUACCACCACCAAGUGGAUUGCGACGAUCAUGGUGACAAAGUUCGUGAGCAGGAUCGAAGAGUUUGGCAGGACCAAGAUAUGGAACAAACAAUGCGAGGACACUGUCGCCUGGGAAAAGUCAGUUGGAAUCACCUUCAUGAGCAAACGCGCCGGAGGACGCAACGGUGAUCGGGGACACCAACGUAGUGUUGGUGAUUUCUCUGAUUUGAAAGGGAGACGGUUACUUGCAACGGAGAUCCAGGAAGGUAGACGGGCCGCGGAUUAUAGGGAGACGUGUAUCGCGCAACAGGUCACGCAGGAGUUAGGUUAG